AUGUCGAUAUCACUCACCGGCGCCGCACCUUUCCUAUCUCUCGACGAUCCAGACACAGGUCCCGGCGAGCUUCCUAAGCUUCCCCACAUCUCGCAGGCAACAUUUGUCGGCAUUCUAGUCGCAAUAUCCGGCAAUGUUGUCAUCUCGCUGGCUCUCAACUGCCAGAAACUCGCUCAUAAACGGCUUGAGCGCGAGCGCGAACAGGAGCAGGAGCUUCAGAGCCAGUCUCCCACUACUCCUGGAGACAACGACUCACUAGCCACUCAUCACGCACAACCUAUACGCUCUCCGAGACAUACUGUCACGAUUUUGGAGACCGAACCCCUUCUAGAUGUCCCCGAUAGUCCAGCGUCGAGUACUUAUGGCACUGAUUCUCCUCCACAUACUACCCAUGCACGUCCCAGGAAAAAGCGACAUGUGCUUUCACGGUUAUUCUUGCGCAAGGACGACGAUCAUCCAUACCGGGAUGCAGACGCCUCUCACUUAGCUGUCACGCAUGCCCUGCUACCUGUGGAAGUUGUUCCCACGCGACGCGACGUCCCGCCCAAGGCAGACAAACGUGAUGCUAGUGAGGGAGACUAUCUGAAAUCGAAGUUGUGGUGGCUCGGUUUCGUCCUCAUGAACAUAGGCGAAUUGGGCAACUUCGUUUCCUAUGCUUUCGCCCCGGCCUCUAUCGUAGCGCCAUUAGGUACAUUUGCCCUAAUCGCAAACUGUAUAUUUGCUCCCCUCAUGCUCAAAGAACGCUUCCGCAAGCGGGAUUUUAUUGGUAUCCUUAUUGCCAUCCUCGGUGCUGUUACUGUCGUGUUGUCUUCAAACACAUCCGAUGUACGAUUGGACGCUCCAGGCCUCAUACAUGCCGUCGCACAGCGUCCCUUCUUGAUCUAUACAGUCGUUUAUAUUGCAGGUGCUAUCUUCUUGUCUCUGCUGUCUGAGCGAGAAGCUGGCAAAAGAUGGGUCUAUGUUGACGUCGGUCUAUGUGCCCUCUUUGGCGGUUUCACCGUACUGUCCACAAAAGCAAUUUCGACGUUGCUAACGUUGAAGGGCCUGGGAGUCAUCACUGAGUGGGUGACGUACCCAAUUAUCGCGGUCCUCCUUGGGACAGGUGUAGGCCAGAUUCGCUACUUGAACCGUGCCUUAAUGCGCUUUGAUAGCAAAAUUGUCGUACCCACUCAAUUCGUUCUGUUCAAUCUCUCCGCCAUCGUCGGUUCCGCCCUCCUCUACGGUGAUUUCAUCGAGGCGACGUUCCACCAGAUCGUCACAUUCUUGUACGGUUGCGCCGCGACCUUUGCGGGGGUUUUCAUCAUCGCGAUGGCACCAUCUCCAGGCUCCCCACAGCCUAUAGACGACGAAAGCAGCACGGUCCGCGACGUCGAGUCUGAGGCCGGCGAUACAGCAGGGCUCGCGUCGAACGCCAGCAGCCUGGGCCGUGCGAACCAUGUCAGGCUCGUCGUUCCGGAGGAUAUCACAACGCCGUCUUCGUCUCCUGGACUGAGACCCAGACAAAGCAUGGUCAGCAUGUAUGGUCUCUCGCCCGCACAGGUGAGGCUCUCUCCAUCAUGUUGGCAAGCACAGCGCUGA